CCAGGAAGGUGUGCUGGGGCUGCACCGGGCAUGAUGGAAUUUGCCAUGGGGAAAUCCACUGAUAUCAGUGGAACCCGCCCGCGUGUGAAUUCCCGCGGCUCCUGCCACUGCUUUAUAAGCAGGUGGAGGUGCAGCGAGCUGGCAGGACAGGCAGGCAGCAGCCAAGCCCUCGCUGAAGCACAGCUGCUCUCUGGGGUGGAAAUGACUGGCUUCAGCAGCAAGAGCUUCAUCCUGGUGUCCCUGUUGGGGCUCCUGACGCUGCUCCUGUGUGGCAGCUCCAAAGCACAAAGCAACCAGGAUUGCUGCCUGUCUUACACCAAAGUGCGUCUGCCUCGGUGGGCCCUGAAGGGUUAUUCUGAGCAGCUCUCCGGUGAAGUCUGUGACAUCCAUGCAAUCAUUUUCCACACUUAUAGUGGACUGCAUGCCUGUGUAAAUCCUAAGGAAGGCUGGGUGAAGAAGCAUCUUCUUUUCCUGAGCCAAAAGCUCAGGAAGAUGUCAAUGUGAUAUGGUUUCCAGCAGGGAACUAAAUACAGAUGGAGCUGAAGAACCACUAGGUUCAACCUCUCGGCUGAGAUCAUCAUCUUGUACACUGUUGUGUGCUUACCACUAUCUCUGGCUUCUUUGGAACCAUUGAACUCCUUGAGUUGAUUCAUAUUGCAUCGCUGUUUUGCUUGAAUUAAGCAUUUUGUUAAAGUUUCUACUUUUAUUAAUGUGUGUAUGUUACUAAGACAACAUGAGUAUUAUUUAGUAAGGACUGCCUUAAGCUGUUGUACACAAUGUGAAUUUUAGUAAGUUUAUUGUGUGUUUGUUUUAUUCAGGAUGUGUAAAGUGGGUUAUUUAUUCUGUGUAUUUUGUAACUUCUUUGGCAUUGCCUUGUAUUUCCUUUCAACUGUAGUUAGCAUUAUGAUACCUCUUGAUCUAUUGUUAAACAAAUUUGCUUGUAGAAAAAAAAUUGAAAUUGCAGUUUAAAAGAAAAUA